GCCGUGUUCAUCUAUUGAAGUGUCAGACGAUCUCUCGUCAGCAAGUCAUUCAGGUAACACGCACAUUCCACGUCGGAGUGUUCAUCGGCGAAGUCACGACUACGCGAGACACUCCAAAGGACCAUCGUCUUUUGAUCACAAAGAAUCCAACAUCUCUCAUCGUCUCUGGAUUUGGAGAACCGUUUUCCCGCGCUUGUCCUUCAAGUCGAUUUGCACCUGUUAACGUCACUCUCACUCUCGACGUGACCUGUUCUCACAAAUCCCACAUUACAAAUGAUGAAAGGCCGUCAUCAGUUUCGCCGUCGCUUCAGCUUGCAGCCUUCGGCACACAUGAAAGAAGAACAACAAGAAGAAGGGCCGCCAAAAAAUGUCAGAAACGAUAGACUGACAGAAUCGAACAGCGGCGGGAAAUCAACUGAGAGCUCUGUUCGGCAUAAAAUCGUAGUGAUGGGUGCCGCGAAGGUUGGAAAAUCCGCGAUAAUCAAUCAAUUCCUUUAUAAUACCUUCACUCCGAAGUACAAGCGUACCGUUGAGGAGAUGCAUCACGCAGAUUUUACCGUUUCCGGGAUUCACUUGACGCUAGACAUUCUGGAUACGUCCGGCUCGUACGAGUUUCCGGCGAUGAGAGAUCUGUCGAUCAAAUCGGCCGACGCUUUCAUAAUAGUCUAUGACGUUAAUGAUUCGAAUACGUUUCUCGAAGUGAAAACUCUGAGGGCCCAGAUACUCAGCACAAAGGGAGCUGUCCCAAUGGUGAUCGUGGGUAACAAAAUUGAUCUCGUCGAGUCGGAACAAGAGGUAGACUCGGAGAGCACGAGAGAGUUGGUUACGAUGAAAUGGGAAAACGGUUUUGUAGAAGUAUCGGCGAAAGAGAAUCUAAAUAUCUCUCAAAUAUUUAAAGAGCUGCUCAUUCAAGGUAAGUUGAAGUAUAAUCUGAGUCCGGCUCUGCAACGACGCCGUCGACAGUCCUUGCCACCUGCGCAACACAUGAAUUCACGCAGCAGCGGCACCCACGUACCUUCACCGGCUCAGUUGCAACAUUUACAACAGAUUCGCGAGCGUUCCGAAUCGAAACGAAAUUCAUGCAUUCUAUCGUAAGGCGAAGAUCCCGGUCAGAAUCGAAAAAAAGUUUGUCUGAAAUGAUUUCACGCAUACCAAAAACAAUCGGCGCCAUCCAAAAAAUUAUUGGAGUGACACACGACAGUUAGUAAGUAGUUUGCAAAGUCGAUAGAAUUUUUCGUUGUCACUAUAAAUAUAAAUGUAGAUUACUGAUAGAAAUUAUUUAUAGUAUUUAGAGAACUUGUCCAAAUAGUUUAGGUGAAAAAAUGUCACGAUAACUUGGAAUCUAUUCGUAUCAAUAUUACAAGGUGGGUUUACGUAGAGAAAACGGCUCGCGUUUUCUCGAUUUUACUACUAAUUCGAAGACAUCUUAUAUGUACAUUAACAAAAUGUCUUCUUAAAAUUUUGAGAACACAUACUUAAUCUCUCAAAAUUCUUUUCUUUCGGUUUGGUGUUGUGUUUGCUUUUAUAUGUUUAAAAAUAAGUUUCUUAUAAAUAUGUAAACAAACUGAUGUAAUCAGA